CACAGCAACUUCCGCCUCAAAGAAGUCCUGUAAACAACGAUGAUUGUACGGACAUCUGAACGAUUGUUCCCAACCACUCUCGUUGAGCGAUAGCAUCAAAAGUUGUUGGAUCGGUCAAAAAGCCGAGCGCAUCGAGCCGAUAUCUGAAGAUGCCUGGAAAGAGGAAGAGACCAUACACGAACGUCGACUUCACAUUGAAGAGAGUAUUCAAAAAGCCAUGUUUCCGGCCUCUACAACGCGAAGUCAUUACGGCCACUCUAGAGGGUGAAGAUGUCUUCUUGCAGGCAGCCACAUCAUUCGGCAAGAGUCUGUGCUAUCAACUACCGGCUAUUGUUGAUCUCGGCAUUACCAUUGUCGUUUCUCCGCUACUGGCGCUCAUGAACAAUCAAGUCGCAUCUAUGCGCAGCUCAAACAUCAAAGUCGAGACGAUCAACAGCACAACUCAACGACACGACCGUGAACGCAUACUGGCAGACCUCCAAUGUGGUCAUCCUUUGACUAGACUUCUCUAUGUAACUCCGGAGUACUGCGCAACAGACCACUUCCGCAAGAUUCUCCGCGUCAUUCAUUCGCAAAAAGAGCUCGCACGUAUAGCAGUUGACGAAGCUCAUUGUGUCAGCGAAUGGGGCCACGACUUCCGACCUUCUUUCCAACAGCUCUCCUUCUUCAAGACAGAAUUCCCCGACGUCCCAAUCAUAUGUCUCACAGCUACAGCAACCUCUCGCGUGCGCGACGAUAUCAUCAAAACCAUGGCCCUUGACCCUCUCAAACUGCGCGUCUUCCGCAUGACGACAAGCCGCCCAAACCUGCACUACGAAGUCCGCUUCAAGUGUGACGAGGACGACCACUACUCCAACUUCCUCUCCUGGCUCAAGAACAUCCACGCUCGCCGCGCCAACUCAGAGCGAGCCACUCAACUAGCCUCCCAGCAACAGCGCACCGACAACGUAUCUGGCAUCAUAUACACACUCUUCCGCAAAGACUGCGAGUCCCUCGCCGCCCGCCUCCGCAGCGACGGCAUUGGCGCAAAACCCUACCACGCUGGUCUCCCCCACACCGAGCGCACCAAUACUCUCUCCGGCUGGGUCGCUAACAAAGAAGGCUACGAUGUCGUCGUCGCUACCACAGCGUUCGGCAUGGGUAUCGACAAAGAAAACGUCCGCUUUGUCGUGCACUGGCAGAUCCCCAAAUCCUUCGAGGGCUUCUACCAGGAAGCCGGGCGCGCAGGCCGGGACGGGAAAGCCAGCGUGUGCAUCCUGUACUACGGGCGUGAAGACCGCGAUCGCGCAGCGACGCUCAUGGCAAGGGACCAGGCGCGGCAGCUGAUGAAGGGCGAUGGGAGGGCGGCGCAACAGCAGCAAGUGCUGAAUAGGGCGAAGAGCUUGCAAGCGCUUGUGGACUACUGUGAGGCGACCAAUAGGUGCCGUCACAAGAUCAUCGCGAAGUACUUUGGCGAUGAGGGGGUUCCGCUGUGCGAUUUUGCGUGCGACUGGUGUAAGGACGCGGAGGCGCUGGUCAGGAGGAAGGAGAGGGGGCUUGCGAGCGAGGAAUGGUGUAGUACGCAGAGGGAGAUGGGGAGGUAUGAAGGAGGAUAUGAUGAAUACGAUUGAGCUAGCAAAACAGCAUCAACAGGCGUCAGGGUAUUUCGGAAAAUAUGGCGAGUAGGCAACAACGUCUAAUGUGCAUAUCUGUCGUUGUCUAAUCGUAGCACUUCAUUCUAUAUGGAACCAUACCACCUUCGCCUUCUACACGAGAAACGUGUCUAAGCGAUCUAUGAGCGCC